AUGACUGAACGAGCAAAACUGAUCUCGGCGUUUGUCACGCCGUUUGGCUUGUUCGAGUGGCUGCGAAUGCCUUUUGGACUUAAAAAUGCACCCCAGAUCUACCAACGUCUGGUUGACAAUGCGCUGUAUCGAUAUCUCAAGAUUGGCCAGAGAUCAGCUUCUGAUGGCCCGAUCGACGUGUUCAAAGAUGGAGAACCUGAGACAGAUCGACGACCGUCUAUACUGGGACGCCGAUCCUACAUUGACGAUAUUCUCAUACCAGCCACGUCAUGGGGAUCUUUGUACACAAAAGUAGAACGGUUGCUGGAGGCAUGUGAUAAGUGGAAUCGGUCUAUCAGUCUCAUGAAGAUCUUUUGGGGGUGCCACAAGGUCGAUUAUUCGGGACAUCAAGUGUCGAUGGAUGAUCUGGAGGCUCAGACCAAGAACUUGGAGUCGUUGGUCAACAUCCCGUUCCCUAGCACGCUGCGAGCUAUGCAAUCUUUCCGCGGGAGCUUGAACUACUACCACCGUUUCAUUGAGGAUUUCGCGGUGUAUGCCGCGGUGUUGUAUGAGUUAAGAGAAUCGGAUUUCUUCGAGAUCGCCAAUCUCAGCUUGCAGCAGGAGAUGAAUGGUCGAACGAGGGUCUAUGGACAGAAGCCAAGGUUGCUUUCACUAUGCUAA